AUGGGGGACCCGCACCGGCGGACCCGGAGACUCGGGAGCCUCACGACCAAGUCCCGGGUCUCCAAGGAGACGAAGCUCCGGCUGCGCGUGAUCUUCCUGGAUGACAGCGAGCGCACGUUCGAGGUGGAGCAAAAGGUUUUAGGCGGCGACUUCUUCAACAAAGUGUGCGGCCAUCUGAAGCUGCUGGAGAAGGAGUACUUCGGACUGGAGUUCAGACACCAGAGCGGCAACUACGUGUGGUUGGAGCUGCUGAAGCCGCUGGCCAAGCAGAUUAAAUACACCAACGAUCUCUUCUUCAGGUUUAUAGUGAAGUUCUUCCCACCAGAUCCUGGACAACUUAAGAGAGGCCUCACCAGGUAUCUGUUUGCCUUACAGAUAAAGCAGGACUUGUCUAACGGCAGUCUGACCUGCCAUGACAACAGCGCCGCCCUGCUGGUCUCUCAUAUACUGCAGUCAGAGCUAGGGGACUAUGACGAGGAGCUGGACUGUCACCAUUUAGAGAUGAAGCAGUACGUCCCCAACCAGGAGUAUCUGGACCACAAGAUCAUCAAGUUUCACAAGAAACACAGAGGUGUGUCUCCAGCAGACUCUGACAUCCACCUGCUGGAGGUGGCGAGGAAGCUGGACAUGUACGGCAUCAGGCCUCACUCCGCCCAUGACGGGGAGGGCAUGAGGAUCAACCUGGCAGUCACACACUCUGGAGUACUGGUCUUUCAGGGAAACACCAAAAUCAACACAUUCAGCUGGGCGAAGAUCCGCAAGCUGAGCUUCAAGCGCAAACAUUUCCUCAUCAAACUGCACGACAAAGUUGGGCCGUCAGGUAAGGACACGCUAGAGUUCUCCAUGGCCAGUCGAGAUGUGUGUAAGUCCUUCUGGAAGAACUGUGUGGAGUACCACGCCUUCUUCAGACUGGCAGAGGAACCCAGGACAAUACACAAAACACUGCUGUCCAGUAAGGGCUCCAGCUUCAGAUACAGCGGGCGGACCCAAAAACAGCUGCUAGAGUGUAUGGGAUCAGGGGAAAAGAAGCCUUCACACUUUGAGAGGACCUACUGUCAGUCAGACUUUGAUCCCAGACAGUGUCGCUCUUCUCCUGAUCUCCUCACGGACGUCUCCAAAGAAUUGUACGAGCACUCCCACCCGUUCCCUCGGUCGAGUCAUGCCUUGGUGGUCCGCAGUCAUGAUGAGUUGGACCCACAUCACCGAGGUGACGAUGACAUCGAACUCGGUGGAGGAAGGGCUAAGCGCAGCCAAUCAUCUGUCGAGGUCACCCAGAGGAGCCGCCCUCUCUCCCAAGUCACUUCCCUCUCUCCAUCUCUACACCAGUUACCCCCCUCACCCAAGGUAAGAUCUGCCUCCACAUCUGUGAUGGAGGACAUGAGGGGGGGACGGCUCGGGGCACAGCGCCAAGCCCAAAGGCUGGCCGGUGUCUAUGGCAACCGUUCACGGCGUCGGCCCAAUCCCCAGCCACACCCGGAUGCAGCUCAGCAGUUGGUUCUUCUGUAUCCAAACAGUCCUGCCUACCAGUAUCACCCCAUCCUACCAACGUUCCCAUUAGCUGGUUCCUCGCCUCUCAGCCGACACCCCUACUUGACGGACUACGUCGCUGUUUCCUCACUGGAGCGUUUGCCACAUGCAAGGAGGCGGGAUUAUGUCACCAUGGAUGGCCUAUCACGGCCAUCUUUCUAUCCACUCGGUCAUGAUUCGCCGUCCAUCUCGCCAAUCAGGAGGAACUUCCGCCCUUCCGGCUCAGGCGGGCUGGGAUUGGCUAGGGUUUAUCAGCCAGGAAGCAAUGGAGCAAGGCUGUUGGGUGUUGGACAUACAGAGGCAGGGCAUUACAGCGAUGACUCCAACUUCCUCCCGGGGCUGCCUCGCCGUGUGGCUAGCCAACCAGAUGUCAAAUUUCACCUCUCAAGGAGUUCCAACCCCGCCUCUGAGUUCCGCCCCCUUGGUUACUACCCCCACCUGUCACGCCCCACCAGACCCACCUACCUCCCGCUAAACUCCUCCCCUCUGCCCGAACGACCCACCUCGCUAUGUAUGAUUGGAGGAACCACAGGAAGCUACAGCGAUUCAGACCCAGAGGUUUUCUAUCCAUAUUACUGCCCACCACCCCCACUAGGGAAAGUGGUACGACCCGGUGGACUCGCCAGGAUGAGGUUUUCCUCUGGGAGCCUCCAGCUGGAUGAGGAGGAAGAGGGGGAGGAGGAGGAGGAUGGAGCAGCUAAGGAGAAAGUAAAAACGGAGUUGAAGGGUAAAGCCGAGAAGAAAGAAAAGAAAGAAGGAGACGAGACUAAAAGUGCUGCAAAGAUUACUGAAGUCACACUGUAG